AUGAAUCUUAUACGGGCUCAAUGUAUUAUAUCUCCUUUUAAUCGUUGUAUGAACAAUAAAACCGUUCUAAUGUGGUAUAAACAUGUUCGUGCAUAUGUAACAUGUACUAUUAAAGAGAUCAUGCUAGGAGAAAUUGCUCGAAAACGAGAGAGGAUUACGAUUAAGGGAUGGGUGCGAUUAUGUCGAUCUCAAAAGAACGUAAUUUUUUUAAAUGUAAGUGAUGGCUCUUGCGCGAGUAAGCUACAGGUGGUUCUUCCCGCUUCCGCUUGCACGAAGCCGCCUACAAUUGGAAGCUCUGUAGAAGCAUGUGGAGAACUAGUGGAAAGUAGCCACAAGGGUCAACUUUACGAAUUACAAGCCGAUACAAUUACUGUAUUAGGAGAUAUGUUAGAUUCUAACUUUCCGUUUGUUCCUGGAAGACGCUAUAGCCUAGAGUACUUGAGAAAAUUUCCACAUUUACGAGCAAGAACUAAUGUUUUCCAAGCACUUUUGAGAAUAAGAAGUCAAGCUUGCAUGCAACUUCAUAAAUACUUUCAGGAUUACUAUUAUACAUUUAUUCACUCUCCAAUUAUAACUUCCAGUGACUGCGAAGGUGCCGGAGAUUUGUUCACUGUCACACCUAAAAAUAAGGAAAACACUGACAGAACAGAUGAUCAGCGAAUUAAUGACUUUUUCAAUAGUCCAAGCUUUUUAACAGUAUCAGGGCAGCUUCAUGCUGAAGCUCUUAUGAGUUCACUAUCACAUGUAUAUACCUUUGGUCCGGCUUUCAGGGCUGAAAAAUCUCAUACACGCCACCACUUAGCAGAAUUUUACAUGAUCGAAGCUGAAUCUACUAGAUUCGAUAAUAUGGAAAUACUAAUCAGUAGUACAGAACACUUCGUUAAAGAAACUAUAAAAAAGUUAUUGGUGAUAUGCCAGGAUGACCUAAGCUUAUUUGAUGGAUUUGUUCCUCCAAAUCAUAAGAUAGCCUUGGAUGACUUCCUAAAUUUCUCAUGUACCAGAAUGACUUAUAAGGACGCAAUAAGUGCUUUGGAAGCCACCAGCAAAAAGUUUACCACAUAUCCUAAGUGGGGCGAAGAAUUACAGAGUGAUCAUGAAAAUUAUUUGAUUCAAAUGAGCGGAAAUAAAGGACUUUUUAUAACAGAUUUUCCUGCUAAAUUAAGGCCUUUCUACUGUAGAAAAAAUGAUGAUGACAAAACAGUUGCAGCUUUUGACUUUUUAGUGCCUACUAUUGGAGAACUAAUAGGCGGAAGCCUUCGUGAAGAAAGAUUUGAUUUAUUAUUAAACAACAUGAAAACCUUUAAUAUAUCGCAGGAAUCCUAUUCCUGGUAUAUUGACUUAAGAAGAUAUGGUACUAUCCGUCACGGCGGCUUUGGAAUGGGGUUUGAACGAUUCCUACAGUUUAUCUUAGGCCUUGCAAAUAUCCGCGAUGUCAUGCCAUUUCCUAGAUAUUCUGGAUCGUGUAAAUUAUAA